UGUUUUUAUUUAAUUUUUAUUGAUUUUAAAGCGUUUUGAGUGAAUUUUCAACAAUUUUUGACGAAAUUUUAUUCAAUUUUAUUAAAAUCAUCUUUGAGUCUUCCGUGUAAAUUUUUAAGGAUAAUUGACCCAAUUUUCACUGUUUUUAUCAACAAAAUUUCGGUCACUUUUACUCAAAAAAAUCCUUCAAAGACGAUUUUUGGCACAUUCCACCCGAAAAAGUGGCAUUUCGCCCAAAUAACGACACUUUCGAACGAAAAAAAGGAUGAAUGUUAUGGAAAAUCUGAGACAUGCGCAUUGGAGUUCCAGCUUAUUAAAUCGAAAUAUUGCGAAGGAUAAUUUAUUCCGAGCCAAAAUCUCACGCAAAAAGCAAGUUAAAUGUUGAAAAAAUAAAUUUAAAGUUGCACUUAGACUAGAAUUAGGAAGCUUUAACGAUGGAAUCGAAACUCACGAAUGGCACGUGCGACGACGAGAAGGACGGUUGUUCGAAUCACAGACCAAAACCGAUGAAUCUUCAUCUCAACACAAAUUCUCGCGGAAGCAAAGUAAAUUCGCCCAAAACGCCCCAAAAAGCGACACCUCUGUUGACACCGCGCACACCUCCCGUGACGCCAGACUCGCCCAAAUACGACGAUGACGACGUAAUUUCGCUGCGGAGUUGCUGCACGAGUGCUUCGUUGUUCAGCUGCAACAACGAUCAUCAUUCCGUGGUACCUCGCAAUGGCACGACUUACAGCGGGCGUCAUCAAAAGUACGUUUAUCAUUGCUCGCAGUACGCUGGACAAUCAGGCGCGGAGUAUUUGACGCCCACGCAACGCGCCCAGAAGCAACUUCGUCGUCUGCGUGAACUUUUGUCGCAAGCCAAGCUCCAAAUUGACGAAAAAGAGAGUGAAAUAUUGAAAUUGACGCAAGAAGUCAUCGAGUUACGUUCGUUCAAGGCGUCUUUGGCCUCACCUGAGGAAGGAUCAAAUUCGAGUGAUGCAGUCACGGUGAAGGAAAAUGGCGGAAAUGACUUUGCGAACUCGUCAAAUGAUGCGUCGCCCAUUACGGCGGACGUUAUUAACGAUUUGGGAGGGAAGCCAAAUGGCGGAGGUACGCCAGAUCAUUACAAAAUUAUGAUUGAUAAAACUGUGAUGUCCGAGAUGCAUAGCUCGUUUGCGGAUUCGGGACUGUUUGAAGAUAUUCAGACGCAGGACUCGAAGGAGGAGAUAAUUGCGACGCGCGAUCAGGCGACGGGCGUCGAUAAUUACAUCGAUGAGGAUCGACAGGCGUUGAUUGAGAUGUACGAGCGGAAAAUUGAGGAUUUGAUUAAAAUUAAUGACUGUGAGAAGCAAGAUGUAGCACAAAAGUAUAACGAUAAAAUUGAGUCGUUGUUGCAAAAGUUGGCAGAAGCGAACACGAGACUUCAUACGAUGUUCCCUGAUUUGGAGCAGGCAAAAGAACGUGUACAUGAGUUAGAACGUGAGUUAGAGAUGUUACAAGCGAAAUUGGAGGAACAAGAAGAUAAAGCCAAUAAAAUGUAUUUGCAUAUGAUGGUCAAAGAUGAGGGAACGUUACAGCAGAAAAAUCAAGCCGCGGCAAUGGUUAUGAGCCGAGAAAAAGUCACAGUUUCUGACUUGGUUGAUCAAUUACAUGUCACUCAUCAGGAGUUGUCCUGUUUAAAGGAUGCUGAUUACGCUAACGAUACUCAUUCUAAUCUCUUGAGUGCUAAGGAAGCAAUUUCCUUGUGGUUGCUCGGUGCUAAAAAGGAAAUGUAUGGUCGUCUCGCGGAAGCACAACAGCAAAAGCAUCGAAUGGAUCCCGAAGUGAAGUUACAAUUUUUGAAAAGUGCGAUAUUUUAUUUGUUAACGUCGACUGACAAGGACAACUCGGAUGUGCAUUUGAACGCAAUCGAGAAUAUUUUGGAAUUUUCCGAAGCAGAAAAGGAACGCAUCAAUAAAUUUAGAAGAAACGCUUAUCAGCAGUAGAUUAUUUUUGGUUAAUUAUUUAAAAAAAUAUGCAAAUGCGGUGUUAAAUGUAUUUUUAGAAAGACAACAAAAAAAAAUAUAUUUUAGAAAAUAUAUUCUUAUGCAAUGUUUCUUCGAAGUUGUU